GAGCCACCAAUUAAAACAAAAAUAAAUAAAUACAAGUUUGUACAAGUUUAAUAAUAAAUGGUGGCACACAUUGUUGUGAUAUUUAUUUAUCAGUUGAAUAAAUACUCAAAAAACCACAAAAAUGAGACGACACAAGAAAAAAAAAAAGUCAACAACAAUUAACAAUUUAAAUGACGAUGUAUUGAUAAUAAUAUUUAAAUAUUUAUCAUUCAGCCAAAGAUUAUUAAUGGAAAGAGUUUGUGUUAGAUGGUCAAUAAUUGCUCAACAAUCUUGGGGUGGUGUUACAACUAUGAAAAUUGAUAACAAUCAAAUAUAUGGAAUGUCAAAAGAUUUUCAUUCAGAGGAAUUAAAAACAGUAUUCAAUACUUUGCUGAUGAGAUGUGGUCGUCAUUUGAAUACAUUAACAAUUACCAAUUCAAUAAUUGAUUCAUCAAUUUUACCAAUAAUUCGUUUUAAUUGUUGUCAUUUAACACAAGUUGAUUUAAUAUUUAAAACAAAUGCCAUUGAACAUUUUGUUAAGCCAUUUGGAAAAAUGAAAAAACUUAAAAGUUGCAAAAUAACAAAUGUUAAAUCAUUAUUUGCAAGAGAUUGUUUAAUAAGUUUACCAAAUGGCAUUGAAACGAUACACAUGGAAGUUCCAAAUUCAUUAAUAACAUUUUCAUCAAGAUUAUUGCUCAGCAGUUUAUCAAGUGUAUUUAUUAAAUUUAAUUCAUUGAGAUCUUUGACAUUACGAGGCUAUAGAUUUUCAGGUUUAUUGAUAAAUGCCAUAAGUCAAUGUCAAACAUUGACUUUUGUUGAUUUACAAAAUAGUGUAAUUGAAAAAAUAGAUGAUUUAUCAAAUUUAACAAAUUUAAAAUAUCUAAAUGUCAGCAAGGUUGAAAGAAUAACUAAUUCAUUUUUGAUACUCGUUGCUGAUAAAUGUAAAAAAUUGGAAUAUCUUGAUGUCAGUUAUUGCAAACGAGUCAAUGAUGAUGGUGUCAAAGAAAUAAUAAAACACUGCUUGAAUCUUGAACAAUUAAAAAUUGCCUGGACCUCAGUGACAUCAGGUGUUAUUAUUUCAGCUGUAAACUUAACGAAAUAUCGUCGUGGAUGUCCAAUUUUACAUCUGUAUCCAGGUCCUUGGAUGACAUUCAAACAUCCACAGCUUAAAUAUAGAAUAUAUUAUUCGUACUUGAAAAUUAUCUACAGGUAAACGUAAUACGUACUAAACUAAAUUAUUAUUUUUUAUUAACACCAAAA